UGGAACACUUCAGAUGACUUUGAUUUCAUGUUUUCCAGUCAAAACAGGUUCAGAAACUUCAACGUCAAGGGCUUGAAACAGGAAGUCUUCUCUGAGCCACAUGUGCUGUGCUGUACUGUAAUUCAGUAAAUUGGUAGAGAAGAAACGGCUCGGUCGCAGAGAGAAGGAACUGUACUGAUUGCUGUCCAGGAGACAAUGAACAACACAUCUUGCCCUCAGAUCAACUUUGACUUCACAGGCAGAUUCCUGCCUCCUGUUUACAUGUUAGUAUUCAUCAUUGGUCUGGCAGCUAAUGGAUGGGGGCUGAAGUCUUUGCUGCACAACUGGAAGAAACUGGGUAACAUCAACAUUUUUGUUCUCAACCUUGGACUCGCUGAUAUUUUGUACCUCCUCACACUCCCGUUUUUGGUGGUGUACUACUUCAUGAAGAGUCGAUGGAUCUUUGGAGAUACAUUCUGCAAGGUAACAAGAUUCUGCUUCAACCUGAAUUUAUAUGGCAGCAUUGGGUUCCUUACCUGUGUAAGUGUGUACAGGUACCUGGCCAUUGUCCAUCCAAUGAGAGUGAUGGGAAGAAUAACUGUCACCCACUCUGUGACUAUCUCAGUCAUGGUUUGGCUGUUGGUGAGUGUUCAAAGUCUUCCAGACAUGUUUUACCCCAAAACAUCUACAAACAACGCUGGAUCAUGUUUCGGUACCACCAGUAAGUUCCAUGUUGAGGAUUACCUGAAAUACAGCCUUGGAUGGACCCUCACUGGGUUUUGUAUCCCGUUCCUCAUCACACUGGGCUGCUAUGGACAUGGGAUUGUCGUUCUCUGCCACACAAAUACCAUUGACAAGGUACUGAAACAGAGAAGUCUGAAGUUGUUGUUCAUCUUGAUUCUUCUCUUCUCUGUGUGUUACAUCCCCUAUCAUGUACUCAAAAACCUCAACCUCUGGUCAAGAGUUCUGUCCAAACAGCGGAUUUGCCAUGGAUGGUUCAGUCAAGUCUACGUUGCUCGUCAGAUAAGUCGUGGACUUGUGUGUCUGAACAGUGCUCUCAACCCUCUGGUUUACCUCCAUGGAAAUGAAGAUAUUCUGGCUGAGCUCAGACAACUCGUCCAGCGAGCUUGUCAGAUGUUCAACAAUUCAUCAAACUCUGGCCGUGUGCCUGUGGCACAAACUGAAGGUGACGUUUAAUGCUUGAGGACAAACAUCUUAUUCUCAUUCUCAUAAGCUUUGCAUUUGUUGCAUAAUACAUCUGCUGUACAGGGUUACAUUCUUUAUAUUCAUUCAUUAUAUUCUUAUCUUUAUCAUGAUGCUUUCACCACAUUCUGAGAAAUGUUGUAAAUAAACAGGAGAU